CACUCAGUGUGCGGUUGGUUGAGCUGGCAACCGCAUCUGGCUGUAGCACGCGUGUGCGGGCGUUCAAGGCUACCGUUGUUAUUUCCUACUCGUUGGGACACCACUGGGCACUUGUGGCGAGUGACUACGAGCGUUCGUGCGCGUGUGUUCGUGCGCGAAGUAGAGCCAAGAGGACCAGUGAUCGACAGGGACAGACGAAGGACAACUCCGAUAAGUUUCCUGCUUGUAAUUCGGGAAAAGUUGAUUGGGUGAGUGCACAACACUAAUGUAUGCAACCAUGGCGACUGCAGGCACCACGACUAGUGACACUCUGGCGAUACAGCAGCCGCGGUGCGACAACACGUCCGGCUACGAGGAUUUGCUGCUAAAGCCAUCAUUCACAUCGACUUUGUCCACCGGCCUUCCACGGGCGCUCACUCCGUGUGACAUGGACUCUGCACCGCCGUCCGGCCCGCCAGCAUCGUGGGACCUUGAGACCACAGACGAAGACAACAGAUCAACGCCUCCUCCCAGCAGCGCAUUGGUGGCGGCGGGGAGCGACGAAGCGGGCACGCCAGCAGCGCAUGAGUGCGAGCAGUGCGGGCUAGCGUUCCUCACGGCCGACGAGCUGGAUCGGCACGUCGGCGCCAGCUGGCACUACGUUCACAUGCGCUACAUGUGCGGCAUGUGCCUGACGGACCUCGCCUCGCUGUCGGCCGUCAGGCAGCACACGAAGCCCGUGCUGUGUAACCGCUGCGCUGUCGUCAGCCCCUGCGUGAAGCACGCGCGCAUACACGCUCGCUGCCACGGGAAGGCGGCGCAGGGACGCAGGGCCAACACGCUGGUGGCCACGAGCACAGCCACUCUCUCGCUCACAUCACAGAACACAGUUCCCACGACGUCGGAGACAGCACCAGUAGAUGCGCAGCCAACGCCAACUUCAGUGCUAGCUGCGGUCCUGGCUUCACCAUUGAACAGCCCGUCAAACCUGAUAGCAGUGAGUGGGGAUCCACCACCACUAACAUCAGUGGCAACAAUAGCCACGCCUUUACCGACACUGACAACAGUGGCUGAGUGUAUAACAACUGCCUCAACGUUGCCAACACCCGUGCCAAUAAACAAUCUAUCAAAGCUGACGGCUAUUGCUGCAUGUCCAACACUGAAUUCACUUCCUAGACUAACGUCAAUGCCAACAGCAGCCACAGUUCCCAGACUGACAUUAAUGUCAUCCACAGACCUGCACGCGACAACAAACAAUCUUCUGAGAGUGACAUCAUCGGCUGGAAAUCCAACAGUAACCACACUUCCAAAACUGACAUCAAUGACGUCUACGACCACACACUCGGCAAUAAAAAAUCUUCCGAGGAUGGCAGCCAUGGUUGGACGUCCGAAAACCAACAUUCUUCCUAAACUUACACCAAUUGCACCAAUGCCUUCUUCAAUGAUGAACAAAUAUCCAAUACUAACACCAAUGCCGGCAGUAGCAAGCUCACAAGCAAUGAAUAGCUUACUGCCUACAACGACGACCACACCAGCCACAUGUGCAUCAACGAGGCAAUUUCCUGUUUUAAAGAUAAUGUCACCACAAGGCACCCGUCAGGUCAUUCGAAUCUCGGGCAUACAGCAGACACUGGCAGUAAAUAGGAAUCAAGCAGCAUCAGGAUACAAGACACUGACUCCAACAACAACAACCCACGCAUAUAGAUCAUUUGCACCGACACCAUUAACAUCAACAUGUAGAAUAGUGACACCAUCAACAACAACACCAUCGGGAUAUAGACUACUUUCAACAACAUCAACUUCAGCGUUGAGAAUAACUGCGCCAUCAUCGUUGACGUCUGUGCACAGAGCAUCCACACUGACGACAUCAACAGCGGCACAUCGGAUGACGAAAUUGUCAGCAUACGUGUCUCCAGCAACGGCGGCGCCAGCGCUAGAGCCGGUGAGCGUGGCGACACUGUCAACCAUGACUGCCAUUAAAGACGAGCCACUGACGCCUCCGCCGCCGCCGCGGCUAUCCCCGCUCACUGUCACCGUCAAGACCGAGCAGCAGACGGUGGACGAUCCAAUGGCUUCUGAGGGUGCACUAUACGGCCAACCUCAAGUGACACGGUGUAGUCUCUCACAAGGAAUGGUGCUUGGUCUACGCGAAGACACCAGCGUCAGUCACGCUGCACCAAAGACCACGGUGAAGCGUGCACGACUCAUCCUCCCACGGAUUGAGGCAGGCACUACACACAUGACCCCCGUGAAGGAGAAACAGUAUCAGUGUGAUGAGUGUGGCCAGGCAUAUCAGUACCUCAACCACCUGAAGAAUCACAUUAAGACACACACGGGAGCACCGUUCAAGUGUGAGAUCUGCGGAGCAACCUUUGUUGUACAGUUCAAGUACGAGCGACACGUGAACCGCUUUCACAAAGGAGAGAAUCCUGGGAGCCGGCCAUACAGUACAAACUUUUACAGGUGCCCCAUAUGUUGUGCUGGCUUCAAACAGCGGAACCACUUGGUGCGUCACUUGCGGAUCCAUACAGGAGAGAAACCAUACAAGUGUACCAUAUGCGGAACUGCAUUCGCGUUGCCUGGCAACCUCAGCUACCACAUGCGUAUCCAUAGCAAUGACAAGCCGUACAUAUGUGACAUGUGCGGGACUCCGUUCCGCUCCACCACACACCUCAAGCAGCAUUUUGCUCGGAUCCAUCGGGGACUGGAGUUCACUAAAGGUCCUGAGACAACGAAUACGUGCAAGGCGCGCGUGCCGGCGUUCGGUCGGCAGCAACGGCAACAGGAGCAGGAGGAUGAGGACGCUGACGAUGGCCUGGCCGUGUCGAUGUCCGAGAUCCUGCGCAACCCGCUGCAGGGAAACCCCAUCGAUGCGCUAUCCGACGACGAGGAACCACAGGUGGUGCUGAGCGCACCUGCCGAGUCCCCGGCCGCGCCGGCUCGCUACGAGGCACAGGUGUCACUGCGCAGUCCCGCGCAGGAGACCCCGGACUCACGGGCUCGCUACGACUUCAGGAAGAGGAGCGACGGAGGCAGGAAGCGGGCUUGGUCCGACGGCUCUCACACUGGUAACGAGGAGCACAGGUGCUGAUGAACAUCAUGCGUAGAUAGUUUGGGAGAUUACAUUCGGCAGAGAAAAAACCUGACAGUGAACCUCACUGGUGUGCUAACAUAAACUUGUGCAAAAACAUGCAACGGUUCAUUUGUGCAUGAGCUACGUACUAAACAUAACUAGACGAUGUAUGAACUGUAGGUAUAGACGUUGGCGAAGUGGUACACAUUAUGUGAUUAUAGUCUCUUGUUUAUAAGGCCACCCUUAAAAGAUUGUUUGUUUACCCUUUACCUACUCGCCUCUCAGGGUACCGAGUAGGUAGGUAGGUGA